UAAAGGGAAUUUCUGCAGAAGUGCUCCUAAAUUCCGUCCAAUGUGUAAACCCUAGAAAACCCCACCUCGAUUUUGAAAAAAUUCCAAAGUUCCCAAUAUAUAAAUCGACGCCAACCGACAUGAACUAACCACGCGGCCGUUAAGAAAUUGAAGGUAUUGGAUGGAACCGUAUUGUUUCUUUAUCAGGUGAUUGUUGGAACACAUGCAUAUUUUCCUUUUGCAUACAAAUUCGUUUGUAUCUUUUAUUGUGGGUGGACUCCGUGAACGCGUCAGUGUCAAAGUUGAUGCUUUUGCUUGAAGAUUUGGGCAACACUUAAUGCUCGAGCGACUUUGAUGUUUGAGGUGUUGUUGCGGAUAGGUUUGGAUUGUUGCGUUUGACUUGUUAUCGACUCAAGUUGCUGGAGAGAUUGGACGUAGAGGGAUUUGGGAGCUAUUGAUUUCGAUUGAGGGGAUCGGGAGCUGUUCAUUUCGAUUUGAAGGGGUUUGUUACAGAAAGAGGAGUGGAAUAUUGAAUUUGAGAGAAUUAUGGGGUGAACUGAGACUUGUUUUAGUUUUACUUUCUUCUCCUAAUGUUUUUAGCCUUGAUUCGGAUGCUUAAGGAGCUCAGAUUGUAUAUUUUUGCAUUACUAUUAAUGUGAAAAGAAAAGAUAGUCCAUUUGAUUUUCUAGGAAAGUUGAAGGACUCAUUGAACGUUGAGAAGGCUGUUGAGUUGGUUAUCUCUUCUUGAUACUUUAGAGGGCGUGUGUUUUGUUAUUGUGAGAUAAAGUUACCAUGAUGGAUGAGGCUCCGUGUAGCUCUAACUCGGUGGCGCCUUUCCUUGCGAAGACUUAUGAGAUGGUGGAUGAUCCAUCUACGGACUCGAUUGUAUCUUGGAGUCAGAGCAAUACAAGUUUCAUUGUGUGGAACCCUCCAGAGUUUUCCAGGGAGCUACUGCCCAGAUACUUCAAGCACAACAAUUUCUCCAGCUUUAUUAGGCAGCUAAAUACAUAUGGUUUCAGAAAAGUUGAUCCCGAACAGUGGGAAUUUGCGAAUGAAGGUUUUGCUAGAGGGCAGCUCCACCUUUUGAAGAAUAUCCAUAGACGCAAGCCUGUUCACAGUCACUCCACACCAAAUCUGGCCUCCUUACCUCCCCUAACUGAGUUAGAAAGGAAAGGAUAUAAGGAGGAUAUUGAGAGGCUGAAGUGUGAAAAGGAAUCCCUCGAUGUGGAAUUGCAGAGACACAAAGACAAGAGGCAAGACCUUACGUUGCAAAUGAGGGCUUUGGCUGAACGCGCACAAAAUGUGGAACAACAUCAUGCAAGUAUGUUAUCCUCCUUAGCUGAGACGCUGCACCAACCUGAUCUCAUGCCGCAAAUGGAAGUUCAUGAUAGAAAGAGAAGGUUUCCUGGAAAUAGUUACAUGUGUGAAGGAACCAGUACGGAAGAUUGCCAGAGGCCGUCUUCACAAAAUCUGUCAAUUGACAGUUUAGAUGCUGAUGCACUUUUGACUUUCAACAAGGAAUUGUUGGAUCAGAUAGAUUCUUCUAUGUCUUUGUGGGAGAAAAUGAUUCUUGAAGUUGGUCAAGGCUUAGGAAAGUCGAAUUCAUCCUUGGAGUUGGUUGAAUCAACGAGCUGUGCGCUCAGCCCCAGCAUAUCUUACACCCAACUCAAUCUUGAUGUUGGAGGCAAGACAUCUGAAAUUGACAUGAAUUCUACACCAAGAACUGCUCCAGAGGUACAACCUCCUACUAAAGACCAGGCAGUAGUGACAGCAACCAAUGUAAGAACAGGGGUCAAUGAUGUAUUCUGGGAGCAGUUUCUUACGGAAAAUCCUGGUUCGAACAGUUCAUCUGAAUUUCAGCUGGAGAGGGAUGCUGAUGGCAAGAAAAAUGAAAAUAAACCAGGUGAUCAUGCGGUGCCCUGGUGGAAUAUGAGGAGUGUAAAUAACCUUGCGGAACAGUUGGGGCAUCUUACUCCAGCGGAAAAAACUUGACCUACACUAGGUUUUGUGAUAUUCCUUUUUUUGGUAAAUGAUGUCUAAUACCUAUGUCUGUUGAUUUAGAGAGGAGGUUGAUCUCUCAGUAGGUAGAUCUUCCAUACAUAAACUUCCCUCCUGCACAUAUUAUCAUUUAACUUGAGCUGCUUCUUUCACUUUGUACACAUCGUUAUUAUUGUAUAAUAGAGGAAUGCUUCUUAA